CGCCUUUGGCUGACGAGCAUCACAACCAUUUGCCUCCAGGCUGACCGUUACGAUAUACCCCUCAACACGCACGAGCGCAAGCUUAUCACUUUUCUGCGGUCUUGUGCCGCGCUUGGGAAGGCAUCAUGAACUUCGACACGGGCACUGCUUAUGCAGAGUCCGAUGCUGACGACGAGUACGAGAGAAGCGUACACACAAGCUCUCCCAUCCAUGCCAACGAUGCCGACAUGACAGACUCUGAGGGCGGCAAUUCCACCGAACACACCCCCACGACGUACGGCCGCCGAAGCAGCCCAGACCGCCUGCCAGAGACCAUCAUUUCUGAGUGGACAGCAGACGAAUGUGCCGACUUUAUCGAUACAAUAGGGCUCCCGCAGUACGGUGACCUCUUCGUCGAAAACGACAUUGUCGGUGAGGCCUUGGUGGCUCUGCUCCACGACGAUCUGAAAUCCAUGGGCAUCAACAGUGUUGGGCAUCGAUUGACCAUACUCAAGAGUGUGUACGACGUCAAGAAGGCCCAAGAUGUGCCCGUGGAGAGUGAUCACUAUGUCCCUCUGACCGCGGAUGCCGAGGCACAGUAUGCGACGGCUACCCUCAAAGAUAUCAAACAACUGGUCGACCAGCUGCGCCUGCGAGACGAGAGAAUGAACCUCUUCGAGCAGGAUCUGCGACGAAUGGCCGAGGACUUCAGAAGGCUGCGUGAAGACAUGCUGCCGGCCCUGCGACUGGCCAAGAAUGCUCAGCAGCCCCUCCCGAACGUGUCGAGCGGCUCCAAUAACAUGCCUCAGGGCUAUGGAAAUUAUGAGCCCUCAAUCCUUUCGCCACCUGCCCCGACGCCUUCUUCAGUGCAGUCUUCGCAGGGCUCCAGCGGCGGAAUCAAGAGAACGUGGUCGACCAAGAAGAUUAUGCUCGGAGGGUCAGCACCAAAGGCUAGUUCAUCACCGACGCACCUGCAGGUCACGCAUGAAAGGCCUCUUGUCGAGCAGACCUUAGACCCAGCAAGCGCGGCAGAGCGCGCUGUUCUUUCCUCCUCUCACCUUGCGGCCAUGAACGGACAGGCAACAUCUCCUGGCUACUCUCCAAAUAUUCCCUCGCCAACUUCUCCACCGACACUGGGCAGUGGCACGUUUGCAUCCAAGUCAUACCGGACGGACCAGCCCACGCCCUCGACGCGAUCAACCUUCCCGACAAACGAUCCCUACGACCCAAAAAGCGCCCAGGCUCCGAGACGAAUGCAAACGCCCGCACCCGAGACACCUGGGUCCAGCUCAGCAUCUGUCGAAAUCUUCAAGUCGUUCCGAGUCAGCAUGGAUGACCCAUGCUACAAGGUCCUUCCGGCGGCUCUGAAGAAGUACAACAUCAACGCUCCACCAGACCAGUAUGCACUGUAUAUCGUGUACGGCGACCAAGAGCGCUGCUUGGGGAUGCACGAGAAGCCUCUCAUUCUGUUUAAACAGCUUGACAAGGAGGGCAAGAAGCCCAUGUUCAUGCUGAGGAAAACAGCACCAGCCGCAGGUGAUGGUGACGUGCCCGGAAGCGCUGGCUUGAGUUCUGGGGGUCGUGGCAUGUCUUACGACCCGCCAGGUGGAAUCAUAUGAACGGGCCAACAAGCACAAUCCACUCUGAGGGCAAACACCUCCAUAUGUCCAGAGCAUGGCAGUAUCUUGCCUAUUCUGGGCAACUCGAUGGC